ACUACAAAUCCCAGCAUCCUCUGCUACUAAGAGCUAAUUCCAACACUUUGUGAUUUAUUUCUGUGAUAUUUAUUAAAACUGGGUGUUAUUUCUCAGAUGGUGUUGGUGGGAUGAUUGGUGUGAUAAAUGUAAUAUUUGAUGUAAAUAAAUAGCAGGUGCCGCUGCUCGGUGAUGAGCUGAAGCACCGCCCCUCCUCCUCCUGCCUGGCACCGUAAAUGUUAUUUAUGAAUGCCUAUCGCUCACGGGCGUGUGCACGCACGGAUCUGUAUUAUUAUGGUUUAUUAAGAAGGACACACUGGACAGUACUCGGAGCCAGCGUUUAGGUACGUUCCGGACCCAGCGGUGCAGCUUCAGUGCGGUUAAAUCCAGCAUUUAUUUCAUUGUGGUCGGUUCGGUCCUGGCAGCGGCAGAGGCAGCGGCGGCGGAGCGGCAGGCGGAGCGGUAGGUGCUCUUUAAUAAUACUGGGUCAAUACACCGCUGCUGUGCGCCAGCCCGCUGCUUCACCCCUAUACCCGGAGGAGCUGUCCGACAAGGUGAGCUGUCGGGGAAUCAUCUGACCAACAAUGUCCUUGUAAGAGUGGGUGGGGCUACCUGGCCCUGAGGUGGUGAGGAGGAGGAGUCUUGGCCCUAAGCCCCUCCCCUUACAGACAGACAGACAGACCGACAGACGGGCGUGGCUCUCCCCUCCCUCCUCCUCUUCCUCCUCCUCCCCUUUCCUCCCCAUUCUUUGACCCUGCCUUCUCCUCCCCUCCCCCCUCCCCCAUCUCCCCCGUUGGCCCCGCCUCCUGUGGUCACCAUGCUGUGGUCACGCUCCUGUUGGAGACUCUGAGGACCCAGAGACUGGAAGGCCACCCUGCUCAGCCGGGGGACUUCGACCUGUCCCUGCUGGACCCCAAAACCCUCGCAGAGUGCUGGAACCCAGAUGGCUUGAUGCCUGAGAGCAGUUACUGGCAGCUGUGCCCUCCCUCUAAGUCCGGCCUGCAGGGGGGGUUACUGAGCUCAAGUUUCCCUCCGGGUCCAGUUCCUCUGGUUCCCCCUGAUGGUCACCUGCAGGAGGACGGCCCUGCCCCUCAGCCCCUGGUGCCCAGCACUUCCGCGUCCGAGCUGUCCCUCCCUGGAGCGGCGGCUCCGCCUGGCGGAGGCCCCGGACCCCCACCGCCUCCCCCUCCCCCGCCAAAGCGCCACUGUCGCUCGCUGUCGGUGCCUGAGGACCUGUCACGCUGCCGCUACACAUGGCGGCCAAGCGCCUCUCGGGUCUGGACCCCCGUCAGCCGGCAGCAGUGUCACGGAGGAGCCGGAGGCGGGGUGGCAGGAGGGGGUGUGGCGGUGGCGGGAGGAGGAGUGGCGAUGGGAGCAGGAGCAGCGGGGGGCGGAGCAUGUCCCCUGCGUGCCCCCAGCUCAUCACUGAACUCAUCCCUGCAUUCGUCGUCCAGCCCCACCUUCUUCAGCCUGGCGCUGUCUCCAGACUCACCGUUGCCCUGGAGCUUCCCCUGGGACCCCAGUGAGGCGGCGGCGGGGGGCGGAGCCUGCUGCUGCUUCUUCCCCUCGCCGUCAUCCUGCUCCUCAUCGCCCUCUCCGCUGCAUCCGCCCCCUCCUCCCCAGCGGCGAUUCUCCCUCUCUCCUGUGCUCAUCAGAGACUCGACCGCCUCUGCCUCCUUCCUGCCUCCUCCUCCGGUGCCGAGCCAGGCGGUGGUCCCUCCUCCCAGCUGCCCCACUGCUGCUGGGGCGGUGCCCGUGCCCGCCUCGCCCUCCUCCGCCUGCAGCACGCCAUCGUCCCUGCGCCGCAGCCUGCCACCACAGCUCCCACGAUGCCACUCGCAACCAUGUGACCUGCUGCUGCUCAAACCGGGUCUGAAGAGACGCCGUGACCACGACCGACCCUGCGCACGACCCGUCCUCGACUUCACCAAGAUGACACAGACCCGCAGUAUUGACCCUCAGUGUCUGGAGCGCGGCGGCAGGCUGGCCUGCGGCGGUGACAUCUGUAUGGGCAUGGAGCCCUUCAUGGGUGACUUCCGGGGCUCCUGCUCUCCAGCCGAGUGUCUGGGCCGGACCAGCAUCGGACCGCUGAGCGAGAGCGACGAAGAGUGCCGUGAGGAUGAUGAUGAUGAUGGGGAGGAGGAGGUGGCCGAGCGCGAGGCAGCGCAGCAGGCCGUGUUUGAACGAGACUGUACAGAACUGGACCUGAACUUAAUAGAGGAAAACUGACGUGUUUGUAAAUGAAGGCUGUUCUCUGUUUUAAUUUAGGGUUCUUUUCAAUUCUCUAAGUCCCGCCCACUCCACACUCUGGGCCUCCCUGCCACCAAUCAGCACGCUCUCAGGAACAACACCUCCUCUCCUCUCAUUGGACGAGCUGGGGGAAAACGAAGCUGAUUGACGACAACAGUGAUGAUGUGACUACACUGACGGACUCGCCGCUAACGUCUCUCCAGAUGCUUUGUAAAUUUUGAAAUGCGGUUUGGAUCGUUUAGAGCAACUCUGGUCGCUGGCACUGAGAUGACUCCUCGGUGGUUUGCUUGUCCGGAUGGAAGUCUGGAGCCGUGUUGCCAUAAAACGUUAGGCCAAUGUGAACCAGACUUUGCAUAGCACCACAAGAACAAAAUAAGCUCUAAAUCAUUCUAAAUCAGUCUUUUAAAAAUCAAUAAAAUUAUACUAGGUUGACAUGAAGAAUCUUAGGCUUCAUUUUUCUCAUAAUUACGAGAUCAGGAUCUUGAUGUUGCCUAUCUUUUAUUCUUUGGUAAAUUUGGUGCAUUCCCAAACAUUUGAGUGUUUUUUGAACAGGGCAAAACUCAAAGUAAGCAAGAAAAACAUGUGCCAAAUUGAAGGUGGUUCCCAUAACCUUUUCUAAUGUGAGAGUUUCAAAAUUUCAUUAAUGAGAAUAUGGCUGCAUUUGUUUUUGGCUCCUGAAUCCAGAUCUGAUUGUUCGCAUUCCACCUUAAACUUGAGACAAGCUGACAUCGGACCGCCGAGGAGUCUGUCAACCGGAGUCCAGGCGUCUUCCACCGCACAGAGUCCUGGUGAAACGCUGUGCAGGCCGAUGGACUGACACCGUCACAGAGCUCACCUGAAGCAUCACCACACAAACACACGCAUCCAUGAACACGCGGAUCCACAGAAAGAGUUAAAGAGUUUUCACACAGUUAUUUCCAACCACAUUAGUUGUUGUUCUUGAACCAGUUCCAUUCAGGACUUAUUUAACCUCAGUACCUCUAGUGUAGACAUUGAUCAAUAGUCGGUCUGUAGAGGCCAGUUUAAUAACAUUAGAGGAGAAAAAGCAGAUUAGCCAUCCCUGACCCUCAUUGUGAAACGUUGACAGAACACAUUAUGUUCGUCUGAAAUUAAUCAUCUUUCACUUUAUUAGAAACUGUUGGACUGAAUGUCAGAGUCAAAGUAGUAAAUAAAUCUGUAUUAUUGAACAUUAAAGUAAUCAGUUUAAAAAAUGAAACUUUUAAACAGUUACAGCUCUGUCAAAGUCAUUUAGAGCAGAACAGAGAAUUGUGGGUCAUGAAACUCUACAUAAUCUGAACCGGUGCGUUUUCCACAGUAAUACAGACGAGAGCUUUGAAUGUACUUGCAUAUCUUCACCUUGACUCAUCUGAUCUGAGUUAAAACUCAGAUAAUAAAUGACCACAUAACAGCAGUACAUGAGCAAAAAAUUUUCCCACUGGUUUCCUUUCUACAUUGUAAUUUCCAUCCUUUCCUUCUAAUCUGUAGAAGAUGAGAAUGACUCAUACUUCAGACAAACAGUAAACCUGGUAUUAUUUGGUUUGUGCUGCUCAACCUGUUUUCCAAUUUCAUUUAAAUGCCCCGAACGGUUUAGAACUAGGUUCUCAAACCACUACAACCCAGGUUCUGUGUUGGUGGACUAGUGGUCUGUUUGCAUGAGGUCAGUCUGUGUUUUACCUGCAGUAGAACCAGGAAGUUUAUGGAAGUAGAAAAGCUGAUAUUAGAACCGAGAGAAAAGGCAAAAGGUCCAACAGAUCAAACUGUAUAUAACUAUAUAUUAUCGGUGCCUGUACUAUUCAUUACCCAUUGAAAUCAAUGAGUAAUGAAAUAUCUCCAUCAGUAGUUCAUGAUUAGACUCGACUACACACGCGACCUAUGCUGAAGACAUGACAGUAAAAGACAUUGCAUUUUAGUUUAACAUAAACCCUCACAAUGCCCAUGACACAAUCAUGUAAUAAGUGUGGUGAUGCAUUCAGGGGACUGUCGACGUGUGGUGCUUUCCCAUCAUGCCUCACUGAGGGCAAGUAGCCACUGAUGCUGUUGUUCACCUGAGUGUUGACACAUUCCUGUCACUGCAAACCCCUCACUCUGCGUAUGUGUUUGCGUGUGUGUGUGUGUGUGUGUGUGUGUGUGUGUGUGUAUGUCUGAGAGAUCAUGUGACCUGUUUCAGUCCCGAUGUGAUUUGCCCACAUUCACACCUGACCAUCUGGAAUCUGACCGAUCGAUCCACAGACUGUGUAUAAAGAUGGAUGUAGUGACACCUGAAUGUGUAGCUGGAAUAUUCAAAAUGCAUACAAUACUGGAUGAUGCAACCAAAAGUGUCAUCAUUAUCCAAAUGGUUUCAUCAGUUGAUAUCAAUAAUUCUUAAUGCCAAUCAUAAGUGUCAACGCAAGUGAAAGCUGAUGAAUCCAGAUAAUUAGCUGUGGAAUUAUUUGACAGAUGAGAUGAAAAACAACACCAAAGCAGCAACAAUGUUAAAUUAUCUAAACCAAAAAUUGUAACAAGAUGAAUCCAAAAUAUCUAAAACACACAAAAUGCAAGGUGACAAAAGGGUGUAAAAAAAAUGUAACUAAACAAAUAUGAUGUAAAAAAUGCAGCAAAAUCAACUAAGUUACAUACAAAAAUUUUAUAAAAACUACAUGAGGAGGAUCUGAUUAUCUUCAUCACCUGGCCCUUUCAUAAGCUCCGCCCCUCUCAGUGUUAUAACCAGGGGAAUGAGUAACAAACUACACUUUCAGUGUUACCAAAAUUUUUCCAAAUGGUAAUAUCAUUGUUUUCACAUCUCUUGAUGAUAUAUAAAAAAUAAAAAAAAUAAAAAAAAACGGGUUCGGUAACCACACCUAUUUUGGUUCUACAUCACAUCGUCCAUCUUCAUCUUCAGUCUGAGGGUCAAACUAAUGGCAGACAUAGAUCUUAUCCACAGCCAAAUGUUUAAUGUUGAAAUGAAAUGAUUACUGAGUAUGUCGAAAUUUAUGGAAUUUAAUGCAUUGAAAUGUUUUUUUUGUUUGAUUGUUUGUUUGUUUUUUGGGGGGGAUUUUUUUCUCGAACAUCAGUUCAAAAUCCAAAGAUAGUUGGUUUAAUAUUGGAGAAUGAAAUUGAUCAUAUUUUGACAUUUGAGAUUCUGUAAACUGGGUAAUAAAAUGUUUAAAGGAAAUGAUUAUGCUGCCAAAAAAACAAUUAAGAUAAAUAUUUAAAAAAAACUUAAAGAAGACAAUCAAAAUGCAGACAUCAGCUACGUUUACAUGCACAGAAUAAUCAUGUUUUUGCUCUUAUUCAGCAUUUUACAUGUAGUUGUACAUAGUCUGAUUAAUGAUGACCUAACACAUCUAUAAAGAGCUGAGUGAUAUGGUCAAAAAACUAAAUCUCAGUUUCUUUCUUUAGGAUUAUGGGCGAAUCACAGUCAGUUGUCUUUAUUUUCUGUCUAUAUGAAUUCAAGGCAGUUUGUUAUCAGUGUUUCGAACUGUCUUCAGUGGAAAGCAUAUAGAACUCAAAGGUUACCAGAUGAUUUCACUCUGGAUGUGGAUGACACGGCUAAAAAAAGUUCAUAUCAGUCGUUAAAUUAUCACAGUAACAGUCAAAUGUUUGUGUCUGUAAGUUUAAAGGUUGAUUUUUGGCUUCUUAAUGGAAAGCUAAAUAAGCUAAAGCUAAAUACUAAAGCUAAAUAAGGUUAAGAUAUUAAUAAAAUAUACCAAAAUGAAAACUGGAGAAAAUCUAACAAGAAAAGUGAUGUAAAGAUGAAAAAAUAAAGGAUGCUUCUCUGGUUUAAAAUGAUUCAUAAAAGACACAAGAAGACAAAAAUGAAAAAUGUUAUUGAAUUAUAUUGUGCUAAUUAUUAUCAUUUUGUCACCCAGCUCCUAUUAUUGAUGAGUUAUUGAAGAAAUUGACACAGAAUUCUGUUUUUACUACAAAUCCAUAUUGAUUUCAGAUGUUGGUUUUCAGUUUGUUUAAUUAUCGUAUCAACCCUGAAAAAACAUAUCAGUCAGUCUAACAAAAAACAAUGAUUUACUCUUCACAUUUAAGAAUAUUAUCAUAUUCAGAACAACAGUGUGCAUGUAAACGUAGUAAAUGUGGUUGUUUCAUUUCAAUCCUGAAGGCACUAAACCAGAGAUAUUGUCAAAAAAA